UUCUGUUUUGAACACAGUAGCUGUUCUUCGUUUGGCCAUAGCACCAUGGCCAACCUUUUCAAGAGUUUCUUUGUGUUCAGUGUCACCUUUUACAUUGUGUGUGCUAAGCACGAAGUAUACGAUGGACACUCUCUCUACGAAAUUGUCGUGAAGAAUGAAGAGCAGUCUAACUUCGUCAAUGGCCUGGAAAACGACCUCCCGAUCGACGUGUUUGUUUAUGCAAACACUGGACGCAAUGGACAGAUCCUGGUUCCCAAAGACCAGAAGGCGAACUUCGAAACUCUGUUGGCUUCUAAAGAUGUAGAGUACAGGAUCCAAGUUGAGAACAUUCGGGAACAAUUAGAAAUCGAAGACAAAAUCUUGGCUCAAAUGGCGGCCAGGACUAGCAACAGGUCUUCCGUCGUUGGUCUUGAUUUCGACAAUAUUCACAGAUUCCAAGUGGUCGACGACUACCUCGUCCAAUUGGCUAACGCUUACCCCAAUCUGGUCACCGUUGCAUCAGCUGGAAAAAGUUUUGAAGGUCGUGACAUGAAGUACUUGAAAAUUUCCACCACCAAUUUCCAGGACACAAGAAAACCCGUAGUAUUCCUAAUGUCCCUUCUCCAUGCUCGAGAGUGGGUUACCCUCCCAGCUACGUUGUUUGCCAUUGAGAAACUGGUCCUGGACGUCACUGAGGCUGACUUGGUCAAUGAUAUUGACUGGAUCAUCAUGCCUAUUGCCAACCCUGACGGAUAUGAAUGGACUCACACGAACUUCCGCUUUUGGAGAAAGAACCGCCGUAACGGUUUAAUGGUCGGCAACCUCUGCAUGGGUGUUGAUCUGAACAGAAACUUCGACAUCUUCUGGGGCACAGCUUCCAGCAACAGCGUGUGCUCUGACACUUUCCACGGCCACGGGCCUUUCUCCGAGCCCGAAACUGCAAAUAUCAGAGACGUCCUCAACGAACACUCCGGCCGUAUUGAGAUCUUCAUGGAUCUCCACAGUUUCGGAAGCAUGAUCCUGUACGGAUACGCCAACGGCGUUCUCCCACCCAAUGCGUUGACUAUCAACCUAGUCGGUGUCAAUAUGGCGCAAGCUAUCGACAGAGUCAAAUGGCCCAACAAACCCAAUUACAUUGUCGGCAACGUCUUUCACGUCUUGUACGCUGCUUCAGGCGGCUCCAGCGACUAUGCCCAGGCCAUCGGUAUACCGCUAUCUUACACUUAUGAACUCCCCGCAUUCUCUGGUGCAGGACAAACUUUGAACGGUUUCCUAGUAGACCCAGCUUUCAUCAGACAAGCUGGAUUCGAGACUUGGGAAGGCAUCAAAGCUGGGGCCAGAUUUGUGAGGGACAGUUUAAGUAUGAGAAAAAAUAUGCUCCGUUGAUUUUUGUAUUGGUUUUGAUAAGUUUCAAAAUUAAUUUCGAAUUCAAUAUACCUAUUUCGAUGUAAAAUUUAAAUUAAAAGGAUGCUUGUGCCAUACCUAAAAUCUUUUUGGAUAAUAAACAUUUUAAAACUGACAAUAAACAUAAUCUCAACACCAACAA